UUUUUCGACAAUGUUGAAGGAGUGUCGGACUUGAAACUCCUCGAAAUGUACCGUAAAGCUGUGCAAAUAUCAGUUCGUGACAGGAACGGAACAUUGAGAUCACCACGUAACAUCAAUGGAAUAUCACCAUUUGAACUGCAUAUGACUGGUGUAGUGUAUGUUACUUAUUAUCAAACAAAAGAGCAUGAAAUUUCGGAGAAUGUGGAUGGCUUGAAGCGCUUCUGUGCAGUCCCGUAUCACUGGGGCAAUUCAUGCGGUUCUUUCACUUAUGCAUAUACAGAAAAAAUUUCAAAAGCAAUUUCUCACGUGGGUAUGCCACGUAUUAGUUAUAAAGAUCCACAACUUUUAAUAUCCAGUAUGUUUGCCGUUGCACAUAUCAAUUCACAACUUCACAAGCGAUCUUCAUCUAGCAACUUUGAUGCCAAGAAGUGA